CUGCAGCCUCGCUCUGGUCCCUGCGGCUGGCGGCCGAGCCGUGUGUGUGUCUUCUCCUCCGCCGCCGCCAUAUUGUCUGUGUGAGGCGAGGGAGAGCGCGGCCGCCGCCGCCGCCACUGCCACUUUCCACCACAGAUUCAACCAAUCAUGGAUUGAAUAGAAUAUUAAGAAAAACACGUUGCACCUGUACUGAAACAGUUUGAAGAAAACAGGUCUGAAAUAAGGUCUUACCCCCAACUGCCUCAGAACACGGUGACUGCCAGAUCUUCAAACAUCAAGUUCAGCUUUGUCCGCCAACCUGUCUGACAUGUCGGGACCCGUGCCAAGCAGGGCCAGAGUUUACACAGAUGUCAAUACGCACAGACCCCGAGAGUACUGGGAUUAUGAGUCACAUGUGGUGGAAUGGGGAAAUCAAGAUGAUUACCAGCUUGUUAGGAAAUUAGGCAGGGGUAAAUACAGUGAAGUGUUUGAAGCCAUUAACAUCACAAAUAAUGAAAAAGUUGUUGUUAAAAUUCUCAAGCCUGUAAAAAAGAAGAAAAUUAAGCGUGAAAUAAAAAUUUUGGAGAACUUAAGAGGCGGUCCCAACAUCAUCACACUGGCAGACAUUGUAAAAGACCCUGUUUCACGAACCCCUGCCUUGGUUUUUGAACAUGUAAACAACACAGACUUCAAGCAAUUGUACCAGACAUUAACAGACUAUGAUAUUCGAUUUUACAUGUAUGAAAUUCUGAAGGCCCUGGAUUACUGUCACAGCAUGGGGAUUAUGCACAGAGAUGUGAAGCCACAUAAUGUCAUGAUUGAUCAUGAGCACAGAAAGCUGCGGCUAAUAGACUGGGGCUUAGCUGAGUUUUACCAUCCUGGCCAGGAAUAUAAUGUCCGAGUUGCUUCCCGAUACUUCAAAGGUCCUGAGCUACUUGUAGACUACCAGAUGUAUGAUUAUAGUUUGGAUAUGUGGAGCUUGGGUUGUAUGCUGGCGAGUAUGAUUUUCCGGAAGGAGCCAUUUUUCCAUGGACAUGACAAUUAUGAUCAGUUGGUGAGGAUAGCCAAGGUUCUGGGGACGGAAGACUUAUAUGACUAUAUUGACAAGUACAACAUUGAAUUAGACCCACGUUUCAAUGAUAUCUUGGGCAGACACUCUCGUAAGCGAUGGGAACGCUUUGUCCACAGUGAAAAUCAGCACCUUGUCAGCCCUGAAGCCUUGGAUUUUCUAGACAAGCUGCUGCGAUAUGACCACCAGUCACGGCUUACUGCAAGAGAGGCCAUGGAACACCCCUAUUUCUACACUGUUGCAAAGGACCAGGCUCGAAUGGGUUCAUCUAGCAUGCCAGGGGGCAGUACACCUGUCAGCAGCGCCAAUAUGAUGUCAGGGAUUUCUUCAGUGCCAACCCCUUCGCCCCUUGGACCUCUGGCAGGCUCACCAGUGAUUGCAGCUGCCAACCCCCUUGGGAUGCCUGUUCCAGCUGCUGCUGGCGCUCAACAGUGAUAACCCCAUCUGUCUCCUUAUGCCUGAGCAGAGGUGGGGAAGUCCACCCUCUCCUUGAUGCAGCUUGCGCCUGGUGGGAGGUGUGAAAACACUUCAGAAGCACCGUGUCUGAACAGUUGCUUGUGGAUUUAUAGUAGUUGAGUCAUAAAAAAAUUAUAAUAGGCUGAUUUUUUUUUCUUUUUCUUUUUUUUUUAACUUGAACUUUUCAUAACUCAGGGGAUUCCCUGAAAAAUUACCUGCAGGUGGAAUAUUUCACGGACAAUUUUUUUUUUUCUCCCCUUCCAAAUUCAGUUUGUCAUCACUAAAGAACAAAAGAUAAACUAGCCUCAAUCCCAGCUGCUGCAUUUGGGUGGAGAUUUCUUUUCCUUCCACCAUUGCUCUCACAUUACUAUACUUUUGGGGGUUAUAUCUCAUGCUCUUCUCCAGAGAUUAUAAAACUGUAGCUUCUCAAGGGAGGCCGGAAGAAGGUAGGAAGGACUCAGUCAAUCCAGAACAUUGCAUUAGUAGUCCCUUACAUCACUUUGCUCCAGGAUUGCUUUAGUGGUGUCAUCUGGGCUCUAGUGGAAGUGUGUCUUAGUUAUGUCGAAAUGUUGAAAGUCUAGCCAAAGUGCAGACAGAUGGUAAAAAUUUCUGUUCCAUAUGAAUCAUGUCUUACUGACCCAAUGCUAAAUCAUUUUAAGUCUCAUUUAGUUUAAAGUUGUAAUACCUCUUCCCCCAGACUCUUGCCUUGACCUUUCCCCUUUCAUCUCCUGAUAUGCUGUGCUCCAUAGCUGAUAGGAGAGGGAAGGCAAAAUCUUUUUCAGUUUUGACUUGGCCAUUUUGAAGUCAGUUAGUUACUGGGUAUAAUUUAUUGCUUUUCACAAAAGAAACAUUGUCUAUAUAGGCUUCAUGCUAACAACUCUUUGAAGAGCUAACGGGUGAUGUGGCCAUACUGGGUUUCAGUUUACGCUUUGUAUCUUCUUUUUCUCCUACCUUCCCCUUUCCUCACAUGCCAUCCAGUGAGAAGACCUGCUUCUCAGACUUGUAAAUGUAUAUGAGAGGCCAGAAUGGAGCCACUAUCUCCAAUGAAACAGAAAUGGUAGACCUGUAAUUGUGGGAAACUAUCACCUCUCUUGUUACAUCCCUUGCUAUGUGUAUAUAUAUAAUACUUUGUCCUUCAUAUGUGAAAGAUCCAGUGUUGGAAUUCUUUGGUGUAAAUAAACGUUUGGUUUUAUUUAUCAAGGUUAGAUUUAAGUUCCCUGUGUAAAGGUCUCGCUGGGUGGGUGUCUUGCAUUCAAAUCUGAGGGGCCUGCAGUCCCGUACCAUGGAGGCUUCCCAAAGCCCACAUUUUUAUACACCCCUCGUUUAACCCAUGGUACUGGACAGGGCAGAGAGGCCUUAAAAAAGCACCACAAGCCAAAGUGUCUCUGGGGAUUAAGGAUCCUUUGCCAUAAAACUCAUUCUGUGUCUCCGCAGUGCAGGGAUUGGGGAUAGGAAAGUCGCCAGUUUUUGUGUGUAUGUGUGUAAAGUGGGUUUCCACUGUAUUCCAACCACCUAAGUUUUGUCAGGCGCUUCACUGAGGAAGCCUAGUUUUUUAAGCACAAUAGCAAAACUGUCAGCUCUGUAUUUUCUCCUGUUAUUUCAUUACAGUAGCUGCUUGUGGGGACUAGGAAAAAAUUCUUCCAACAUAUUUUAAGGCCUAAAAUCUUAGUUCCCCAUUCUCCUACCUUUAUAGAUUCACAAGCCUUUCUCACCUGGGCAUCAUAGGUAAACAGUUGUUUGGGGAGUUAAAUUUAACGAACUUAUCUAACUUUGUAACCCAUCUUGGCUUGAGUAACUUUAUCAAGGUGGUGGCUUUAGGGAACGUAAUGGUAAGGUAGAGGAAACUAACACCUCUUUUGAUAACGCUUCUCAAGUGUAGCAAGAGCAAAGGACAAGCACUCUGACUCCGGCAGGGUGGUUUUCUUCCUUGUGGACACUUACAGUGACUAUUUAUUCUACUCGACCCUUGAAGCCCUAGAAUGGUGGGAGGGUUACAUGUUGCAUUUGUACAGAAGCUAAGAUCAUCAGGUGUGCCAGAGGUGCAGUUUGUGAUUGCGUUUGUAUUGCAUUGGAUUGUGAUUUGAACAGGACACUUAUGACUGAUGAAUUCUUUCUUUUGAGGUGGGGAGGAAGGUUGUAGAUCACAUUCUACUCAUAGCUCAGAAAUCUAGGUGUAGCAGAGGCUGGUGUGACCAGCUAUAGACAACUGGGCCUCCUUAGGCCCGUCAGACCUGGCCAGAGCUGAAGGUGAGUGCAGAGGACUCUGAAGUGCCACCCAAGAGCCUUUUAAAGUAAAUGAAAGUAUAAAAACAAGGAAUCACUGCAGAAACAUGGGAAAAGACCUGAUUGUAAGUGGGAGGUAGGGAGGGCCAGGGUUUACAGAGUGACAACUUCUGUGUUGUAAAUUACCUCAUCUGUAUACCUUGUAUUGGGACACUAUUUCUCAGCACUUCCUGUGUGUCUGCAUUGCUUAGAUGGCAGGAGAUGGAUGCCAAUAUAAAACAACUGUUGGCAGUUAACUCUGAAAAUAUUUUUAACUUUGUUUGAAGUGCCCCCUCCCACCUACUUUAGGUUUAAACUCAGAAGUCGUCUCCUCCUUGGUCUAUUGGUUGUAAUUGUAUUGUAAUUGGUAUGACUAAAACAACUGUGCUGGGAAGAAGUUGUGCCAUGAAGGUCUUUAAUUUUUUUAAAAAUAAAAACAUUUAAAUAAAUGAAA